AUGUCGCUCGCGCGCCGCGCUCGGUGGCUUGCCGAGCUCAGUGAGCUUUCCUCCGCUUCACCUCCUCCUAACGACCCUGAUUCUCCACCUCCCAGUAAGCGGCUCCGUCUUGAGGAGCCCGGCGGUGUCCCUGAGGCGGGGUGGAGGCUGCCUUUGGUGCCUCACUUGUCUGAGGUGGAGAAAGUCUGGGAGUUGUCGCCCAGACCCUUCAAGGCGCUCCUUGUUCCGUAUGAGGAGAUUUUUGAAAACUCCACAGACUCGUGUGUGGAGAAAUCAGUCAGUGGGAAGAAAACAUGUAAUCUGGGAUGCCAAAAUAAGAAGUUUGAGACGAAUAGUUAUUUGUGGUCUCUCCCCUCACAAAAUUUUGAUUCUGGUUUGAGGGCUUCCAGAAGGUCUUGUGAACCAGCACUGUGUGACAGAGAGGUUUUCGGUGUGCAUUGCAGCGGUAGACCUGAAGCAGAGGCUGGUCAGCUGCCCAACGCCUUCUUACACGAUGUACAUGGAGUUAAAAACGAGGACGGAAAAGAAUAUUUAGUCCAGGGGAGAGACAAUGGUCAGAAAGACAAUGAUCACAUAAAACAGACAAAAAAUCAAUUUUUAGAUGUUACCUGUUACAAGGAAACCAAACCAACAUUUCAUGAUAUUAAGAACAGAGGUAAAGCUGACAGUGCUGUGCCAUCAGAUGAAAAAGAAAAUAGCAUUUCAGCAUCUACACCAAAAAUAUCAAAAUCUCAAAACCAGCCCAGCAUGGAAAUUGCUAAACCCAGCUAUUUCAGAGAUAGCUGCACAAUGAGUAUCCCUGAGUUUCCAGCUGGUUUAAACAGCAAAAUGUCCCCUGUCUAUUUAAAGGAAAUAGCAAAGAACAAGAACGACAAAAAUGAGGCAUAUGUUAGGGAUUUCACAAACAUUUACUGGUCCCAAAACAGACCUGAUGUAAAGAAGCAAAAGUUACAGGAUGAUAAAAUUGUGGAUGCAGAAAAUAUUUUUUCUGAAUGUUGUGAAAACCACCAGUCACUCAGCAACCGAAGUAUUUGUGUGAGAAAAAAAGACUUGAUCAGUUUACACGACUAUAACCACUGUAGUGUCAAGUCUGAUGUAAGAGUCACUGCAAAGAAUUUCACUAUUAAACUAGAGCAUGCAAAUUGGGAAGAAGCAGAAACAUGCUUGGACAGUUACAUAUGUACCAGAUUGGAAAAACCGCAGAGCAGGGACUGUAAUAUUAGACAUAUUUUGAGAAAAAGUGGGGAAAAUUGUUGGAUUAUGGGUAAUUCUGAAACUGAAUGUGAAAAUAUGAAAAAAUCUGAAGAAAAAUUGAAUUUGCAACAAUUAUUAGAAAUAGGUCUUUUAAGCAAGGAAGAUCGCAAUAUGAAAGCCAUGAAUGCACAUGAAGGGCAAUCAAAGCCUCUCAUGGUGGGAACACUGGGUAGUCAAAAAGCUUCAAUAAAAUUUUUUUGGUUAAAAAGUAAAGGAGAAAAUGGUAAUAUGCUAGAGUUGAGCUAUUAUACUACACAAAACGACUUUCAUUUUAGCAAUACUUUUGAAAGUUUCAUCACAGAAAUUUUUUAUUUCAAUAGAAGUAUUUCAGGAAAUCAAAAAGAUAAUAGAAUUUUAACCUGGUAUGAAAUUUUGAAGUGUAAAAAGCAAAUUGAUACUCAAAAUCUAAUAACUGAGAAUAUGACUGUCAAUAGAAAAAAUGAUAUUUUAAGCAUAAAUUUACAAACCAGUGCUUCAGACCCUCAAAAUGUUAUAUUGAAAACCAGCAUAGCUUUACUUCUUAAUCACUUUGACUGUUUAACCCGAAUUGAAAAUGAUUCUAAAUUAGAAGAGGAAUGCAUUUCCAAGUGGAUAAUAUAUAUGAAUUAUCCAAAAAAUGUUACAGUGGAAGGUCAUACUGUAUAUCCAGUCAGGAUUUUAACUUUUUCAAGACUAUUAGAAGAUAAUAUGGAACCUAUGUCAGAGAAAAGAAGAUUAUUUAAAACUGAAAAAGUUUUUGAAGAGUCUGAGGAAAAACUUAUCAAUUCCUUUAGUAUGACAACUAAAAAUACACAUUUUCCAAUUUUUGAAACAUAUGAAGAAAUUCCUCUUUUAAUGGACUUUGAUGACAUGGAUGAAAUUUUUUUGACAAAAGAAAUUAGUUACAAGAAUAUGAGUUGUCCUGAACAACUCAUGAAUGUGGAAAAUUGGGUUCACUGUAGUCCUAAAACUGUUAAAACACAUGUUAAGUCUGGUUCUCAACUCAUACAGAACAACCAGAAACAUAUUAAUAAAAACAUUUAUGGAAUGAAUGCACAGAAUCAAGAUUUAGACACUGCAGGAAAACAAAAGCAUAGUAAGAUCAGUAGAUACGAUUUUAAAUGCGUACUUGAAGAUUUUUUCAAUAUUAGGCAACAGGCUACACUGGCAAGCCAAGACACAAAAUAUAGUGAACAAACCAAUCCCACAACUAUAACUCAGGUGCUAAGUUUUGGGAACUUGCUAAGUGAAACUGAAGGAAAAAAACAUGACUUAAUUUUGAAGGAGGAAGUAAAAGUCACAGCACAAAGUUUAACAGACAGUUGCCAAGUGCAUGAAGAUAUUAAGAUAGAAAAGGAAGAGAAGAAUAGUUUUUAUUCAAUGGAUGGCAUGUUUGCUGUGCUACCAGUUUCAGUGAUGAGUAAGAAAGUUGAUGUGGAAGAAACUAAAUAUGUUAAUCAAAAUAAUGUAGCUGACAGAAAUGAAUAUGAGAGUAUUUUGCAAAAAAGUGAGUUAGCUAAUUCAAAGCGUUUUUAUCCAAAGAAUGAUGCUACAGAAUGUGUUAAUCAUCUAUUUGAAACUCAUUUGAGUGUAGGGAACAAUGAAUGUUUUCAGGACUUAACUGCCAAGUGUUUGUCAACAGAAACUCUGACAAUAGCAAACAAUUUUGAGAUGAAGAGUAAAUUUGAUUUAGUACUUAAAGAACUUCAUAUGUUCCAUGAAAUUAGUAAGGAAAAUGAAAUUCUAAGCCCUGUGGAAACCAACAGUGGCCAAGAAAAUUACUUUGGAAAAAAUAAUGAUGUUGAGAAGGUAAAAAUGGAGAUUAAAAAAGGUUUGAAAAUGGGUACAGAAAACAAAAUAAGUUCAUUUCCUUUGCUCUGUGAUACUAUAGCAGGCCCUAAUAUGCAUAAAAAACACCAAAAUUUAUUUAAAUGGAAACCGGUACCCAAAAAUGGAGAACAGGAAGUUCCUAAUAAAUUUUGCUGUCAAAGAGCAUCAGAAGAAUUACUCUAUUCUACUUCCAAGGAAGAUUGUGAAAAAUGUUCAUCUAAAAGACCGGCUUUUUUCUCUGAUGAAUUUAAGGAGGGAGAAUUUAAUUACUUACUGAAGCGAGGUAGUAAUUUUUCAUAUGGAAUUUCAAGAGUACUACCUCUUAAGACAUGCAGUCGACCAAUCAGAAUUGGUUUGUCAAGAAAAGCUAAGCUUAAACAACUUCAUCCCUAUCUGAAAUAA